CCCUAUUCUUAAGUCUCAGUCUCUGUCUCUCACUCACGAUCAAUCCAGCAGUCUCUGUCACUCCUCCAAGUUGCCAAACUCAGCCAAAGUGACGAUCGACGACGAAGACAAGCCCCAAGGCCGACGACGAAGCUAGCAGCCGCCUCCCGCCCUUCCCUGCGAAUCUGCGACGAUUCCUACAGACGACGACGAAGCUAGAAGCCGACGACGCUGCCUCGCUCCCUCCACUGCGAAUCUGGUGUGCUGUGGUUUGGAUGCUAUCAGCUUAGGAUUUCUGAGCUUCAAGUUAAAGAUUAGGAAUUGCCAGGUCUUAUAAACUCGAAAACUACAAUGAACUGCAAGCCAGAAGGGAAAUUCAGAUAAAGAAGAAGAAGAGAAGUGGAUUAACGGGUUGGCUGCGCGUCUGUAGAAAUUGAGUAAUGGUGGUGGCAUCGGGAGGCCAUUCCUUCGCCAAGGAAAUGGCCAUACGGAAGCGCAUUGCCAAUAUAUAUAACAAAAGAGAAGAUGAUUUUCCAUCAUUACGGGAAUACAAUGAUUAUUUGGAGGAAGUAGAGAAUAUGAUAUGUGAUUUGGUUGAAGGAAUAGAUGUUCCUGCUAUUGAGGCAAGGAUUGCUGAAUACCAAAAAGAAAAUGCAGAACAAAUCAUGAUUGCUCAAGCUCGUAAGGCUGAGGAGUUAGCAGCAGCCUUAAGUAAGGGACCUGCACGAAAUGAUGGUGAUACGGCAGCAAACCAAAGUUCUCAAGCUGGGCCUAGUACUGUGCCGCAGGGACAUUAUGCUCCAGCAAUUGCUGGGGGAGCUAUUGGCCAACCACGCCCAACACAACCUGUCCCAAUUGGAUCCACUCAUGACAUGUUUGGGCUAGAGGUUGAAGAUGAAGAAAAGCUGAGAGAACGAGCUGAAAGAGCUGCAAGGGCUGGGGGAUGGAGUGUAGAAAUAAGCCGUAAAAGGGCACUUGAAGAAGCUUUUGCAAGCCUUUGGGUCUGAAUUUCAGCCUUAUACUGCCACUUGUCUCAGUGCAACUUUUCAAGCGCGAAGGAUGCAAGUUCUUACUGCAGCAGAGUGUAUGAUUUAUGCCAUAAAUCUAAAUUGGUUAUUGGGUCAGAACUAGGCAGUUGCCAAGUAUUUGCUAGUAUUCAGUGUCUAAUGUCUUAGUAUCUGCAAAAAACCUUCUCCCAUGACUCCAGUUAUGUUAACAUAUACCCAUUAAAGGAUUUUAAAGAUUUAUAACACUCCAUACUGUAUUUGUUUUGCAACUCUGCAUACUGUGUGUCUGUGUGGAUACUCUUAGAGCUAUGUAGUAAUUCAAUGCUUAUAGUGUGGAUCAAGAUUUAUGUAGUAAGGUGAAAACUAAUACAAAUUCAUUUUUAGUA